UGAGAAAAUUACUUACAAAUUAAAUGGCUGUGCUACUUGAAGCGAGGCCUUACAGGCCCUUCAAAUCAUCUGAAGAAUAUUCAAUUGCUAUGAAAGAAGAUCUUGCUGAAUGGCUCAACUCACUUUAUCCAGAGCUCAGACUGACACUCGAAAAUUUCAUGGACAAACUUGACACCGGAGUUGUUCUUUGUAAGCAUGCAAAUAACGUUAGAAAAGCAGCAGCAGAAUAUGUGGCUCGUAGGCAAGCUAGAAAAAUGAUGACACGUUCAAUAACAUCAUCUUUAGCAAUGCCAAUAAGUGAGCUGAAUGAUGUUGCUUUUUUGCCAAACGCAAAAGCAAAUACAUUUUUACGUGAUAAUGUAUCAAAUUUUAUAAGUUGGUGUCGCAAUAGUCUUGGAAUUAUUGAUUGUUUAUUAUUUGAAAGUGACGAUUUGAUAAUGCGAAAAAACGAAAGACAUGUUAUAUUAUGUUUACUUGAAGUUGCUAGACGUGGUGCUAAAUUUGGGAUGCUUGCACCAAUGCUGGUGCAAAUGGAGCGACAAAUCGAUCGAGAAAUCGCUGCUGAUAACAAAAUAAUAAUUGGUGAUGUUCAUGAUGGAAAUGAUGAUAGUGAUGAUGAAUAUGAAGAAAGGCCCGAAGAUAAACCAUGCUUGAUUUAUGGACCUCAACCACAAAUCGUAACGAAUGAUCUGAAGAGUCUUGAUGAUAUGGUUCGUGACUUGGUUGAAAAUUGUACUUGUCCAAGUCAGUUUCCAAUGAUACGUGUUUCAGAAGGCAAAUAUCGAAUUGGUGAUACGAAGGUUUUAAUUUUUGUGCGGAUAUUAAGGAGUCAUGUUAUGGUUCGUGUAGGCGGAGGCUGGGACACACUCAGUCAUUAUCUCGACAAGCACGAUCCUUGUCGAUGUCGUACAUCACAUCGAUCAAUGAUAUCUGCAAAACUAAUACCAAAAACUGGUGGAAACAUUGACAACUCUCAAGUUUAUUACGAGCGAUCACCACCAAGAACACGCAGAAGUUCAAUCUCAAAUUUGCCGUAUAACGGCAUUUAUCAAUCACUUCAAAAUCAACAACAGUACAAUAAUUCUAUACCAACACCGAGAAAAAUCAUUAACGAUUAUUCGCCUUCGCCACUAUCUCAUCAUGUGAAUCAACAUAUCAAUGGCAAAGAACGUCAGCAUUGUGAUACACCCUCUCAGAGCCCUUUAUGUCAAACCAAGUUUAUAUCAAGUCCACUGCGGCAAAGGAGUGAUCUUGGUUUUACAUCAAGAUCAAAAUCACCAACUAUUAAAACAACGUUUUCAUCAACUGCCGGCUCGUUCAACAAAUUUGAAUUGAAUAAGUCACGCGUAACAACAUCUGAUGGAAAAAGUAAAAAUGGUGAUUAUAAUAAAACGAUGAAAUCCGAUGGUCGUUCACGAAUUGAUCAUAUCCACGACAACAAUAUUCAGAAUACUCACACAGGCAAUCCAUUACAAAAAAACAAAUCAUUAGAAGUUGUGACUCCUAAAGGCCAUAUCAACAAGGGCUAUCAAUCUAGGAAUACUAGUCCAGAAUGUGACAUAAUAAGCAAUAACAACAAAAAUUAACAAUCAUAUUUUAUUACUCAACAAUAAAAUUUACAAAUUUGGGUAUGCAUUAGAAAAUUUUUACACUCUAGCUAAUAUUUUUAAUUGAAGCUAUCUAUACUUUUCAGAAUGAUCACUCACAUCAUAACUAGUCAUCGAGUCAAAUAGCUUCAUCUGGAAGAGUAGACCCGUAAAAAAAAAAUUGAAAGAAUUAGUUGAAUCCAGUCGAGAAAAAGAUCUGGCAACGUUUGUCGGGGCUUGAUGCCCGUGUUACGGGUUGCAAAUUAAAAACUUUCAAUACUUCGGCAAGGGCCGUCUUUAUAUAUUUCCGAUUUUUCAAAUCCUAAAAAUUAAUCGAAAAAAAAAUUUCAUAUCAAAAAGUUUUUUGCUUUUAUUUAAACGUGAUGAUCACGAACAUGUGACAAUUCAUCUCUUUUGCAUGUUUUUUAUAGUUUUUUUUUCUCUAAUGUUUGAAUUUUCUCGUUAGAUCUAUAAUUAAUUAUAGGACUGAAAUACGACCUUAUUUUUUUAUGUUUAUUUUUUUUUUUAAUUUCUAGGUUUCCUUUUUUCUUCAGAAACUAUUGUUCAUAACAGAAAAAGUCCAUAAAGCGGGCGAUCGAGUUUCCGAAGAUGGAUUUCUUAAUCCUAAUUUUAUUUUUGUUGCCAUUUUUUCCUUUUUUACGGACUGCCAUAUUUUUGGAUGUGAUUAACAAAAAUACUUCGUAUGAGGCUUGAAAAAAGCACUAUUUAGUCCAGUCGAAAGUUAGUUGAGGUUAUUUUCAAGGUUUAUGGAAGGGUUUAGGAUAUAUAAGGGUUUUAAAAUUAUUUGGGUUCGUUCGAUUGGGGUUCGAGGGGAAAUAGAUGGCGUAGAAAAGCAGGAGGUGGUCUCCGUUUUGUUCUGUCGUUCGUCGCAGUUUGUCCUUCAAGUUUGCGGGCGCACAUAAAAUAAUAAUUACUAAAAUAUAAAAUAAUCUAAAAUAAAAUAAAGAGAUAUUUUAAUUUCGGGAUUUUUUAAUUUACAGAAUAUUUUAUUAUCGAGAGGCACGGUAGUACUUCGUGCCAAGUAUGAGAAAAAAAAUAUAAUAAUACCGAAAAAAAAAAAAAAUGAAAGCCCAAAAACACUACCGAGCCUUAUAUACACUGAAUAGAGGUAACCUCAUCCCUCGCUAAUUUUUAAAAAUUUAUUCAAAAUAUGAUGAUGACGAUAAAAAUGAAUGAUUUUUAUAAUUUAAAAUUCUAUUGUAUCAAGCUUUGCUAUAAAAAAAAAACCAAAUUGUUUAAUACUUUAUUUUAUUUUUUAUAAUUUGUUAUGUCAAGAAUAUGCUCCUUGAACAUAAGCAAAUUAUUGGUUGAAUUAUUAUAUUAAAAAUAUAAUAACUCGACCGUCGUAUCGGGAUAUGCUCCCUGAUACUACUAUAUUCAAAGUAAACUUGUUAAUUCCAGAUUAUGCACCUGGAAUUAAUUUAUUACUGCUUCGUUUUGAUCCAGUCCUUUUCAGGUAAAGAUCGGGUGAAGCUCGUACAUUUAUAUGACUGUAGGGUUGUAGUUAAAUAAAAUAUACCAAUGCAUGUAACUUAAAAUUAUAUUUAUUGUUGAAAACCAAAAUAAGGUAAAUGAAAUUAUUACUAUGAUCAUUCAAUAUAUGAUCUUACAUCAAUCGAAAUAUAUAGAAAAGAUGAAGAUUAUUAAUAGUAAAUUAUUCUUACGUUGUUGGUAUGCGUGCGGUACGGAUUGGUUAGCGUGAGCUUGUAAGUCAAUUGAUUCUUACUAUUAUUUUAGAAUGCUAUUUGAUUUCUGUAGAAAACAGCGAUCUGAGGUCUGGACAAGACUAAUUAAUUAACACAAAAGAACCAGAUUAUACAUAGUAUUAUACAUAGUAUUAUACAAGUAUAAUCUUCCAAUCCCCAUCUCAGAUUCUAAUUUAUUGAUUUUUAUUACCCAAAAAUCCUCGUGACAACAAUUAUAUAUAUAAAAUUCUUAGAACAGCUAUAAAGUAAAUCGAAGGAAAUAUACAAUGAUAUCCGGGUCCAAUAUAUUAUGGGCAAACUGACAUUAGAAUUUCAGUUUUACGACUUUUUUAUGGGCGUCAAACUUUCUGGAUUCUCAGUAACUUAAAUUGUAUUAUAUUGUCUAGUUGAUCUUAAAGGUCGAGGACGUCCAUUGAUGACUUCACCCUCGCGAAUAGAAUUAAUGCAUAAUAGAAUUAAUGCACGGUAGUUGCGUACGUGACCCAGGGGGAACGCUAAACCGGUUCCUCCAUCGCAUUGACACUUGACCUAAUAUUUACGUAUACCAACAUGUUAAUUUUUAUACUUAUAUAUUUAUUUCCAUAUUAUAUACCCGAGACGAAAUUUUAGUUCUCAAUUUGGCCUUAGAAAACUAAAUUUAGUUCUAAGAGGAAGUAAUGAGUACUUAUUUAAAAAAAAAAAAAAAGUUUUCUAUUCAACUUUAGACCUCAAAUAGGCCUGGAAGAGCCGAAUAGUGUCGUUUUAGGCGUUGCAGGACUAAAUGAGGAUUAACUAUAAUUCAAAAUAGAAUGUGAGUUUACAGGAAAAUUAAAAAAAAAAAACCUACACUGUGGAAGCAGUUGUGCAAGCACAUGUACUUGAAUUUCUUUGAAUGUAUGGAAAACAUUUCAACUACUGCACUUUAAAUUUAAGGUAAAAUGCUAUGAUUUUAAUGUACAGUACUUGAAAAUCUUUUCCAGUCAAAAUUUGAUGCACGGGACUGCACUGUAAAAAAAGAUUUUAUAUUUACGGAUUUCGGAAUUAUCCAAAAAAAUUUGUAGAAAUUCGAAUAUUGAUUGAUCAAAUUAUCUUCAGAUUUUACGUAACCGAUUUUGAGAUUUUCUAAUCUUAUCGAAAUGACUCUAAGGGGACUCGAACCUACGUACUGAACUACCUAACCGAUUGCUAAACCGAACGCUCUACCGCUGCGCCAUCGGGGUGACAUGUGAAUUGGUUUCUCUUAAAAUGUUUGUCAUGCUUUUUUUUUUUUUUUUUUGUUAAAAGAUUAAAGAAACUUAACAAACAAAAUUUCUACUACUGAAAGUAAUUUUAAAGUAAGAUGCUAGGAUUUUAAUGAAAUGAUUUUUAGUACAGUGCAUUAAAUUUCUAUAGCAUCUUACCUCAAAAUUACAGUACAUAGUUGAAAUUAUAUAAUAUAUUUAUUUCUCGUCAAUGUUAUAUUCAUUUAUCCUGAAUAAAACGGAUAGUAAUAUUAAAAAUAAAUUAAUAACUUUUAUUUGCAAAAUCAUAUACAUAUAUUUAUUAUUAUAUAUUUAUUUUUAAAUUAAAUUUUUCUAAGAACAUAUUUUUUUCCAAUACUUAAAAAAUUUCCAGUAUAAGGCUUUUCAGGCCAAAAUGAGGUUUUUUUUUUUUUUUUUAUUUCAGAAAAAUUUUAAAAAUAAAAAAAAACACAAAACAACUCACAUUUUGUCCUCUUCGUUCUAACAUAAGGUGAAGAAGGCCAAAUUGAGGACUAUUAUUUAAAAUUUUAACUUGAGAACAAUAGAAGCAGUCCUAUAAGGUCAAAUUGAGAACUUAAAUUUCGUCUCGGGUACUCAAUUGAUAUGAAAAAAUUUUGUAAAGUUAUAACAAAUUAAAUAAAUUUUUGGACUGUGCGUUUUUACGUUAAAGAACAAAAAAAUUUUUAUCACUCCCAUACUUUCUUAUUAUUCGCUAUAUAUCUCUCUCUACUUCUUUAUAUUUUAUUAAUAUCGAGAGAUUCUUUUUUUUUUUUUUUGGUAACAACUUUUUGUGAAGUAUGUGUCAUACUCAAAAAAAAUUUGUAAAUGUGUCAAAUUUACAAAACAAUAAUCUUGAGGCUGGAUUUAGUAAUUCUGAUAAUGAUUUCACAAAAAAAUGUGAUAUCGCAACAAAAAAAAAAAAAACGAAGUUUUUUUUU